UGGUGACAAUUUAUUUUUUGAUUCAGUAAAGUUUCACACUAUUCUCGCAAGAAUUAAAGACACGUGAUUAGGUAAACAUACAAAAUAAACAAGAUUAUGUUUUUACAAUUGGAAUCCCGCGCACUAAUGCGCAAAUGAAUGGAGAUGUUUGCGUAUGUGGGCACCUUUUAAUUUCACUUCUGUGCCUGUACAUGUAGCAUGUGAAUUGAAAUAAAGCAUGCAUAUGGUUUUAGGUUUUAAUGCUCUGCAGAUUGGCUAUCUUUUCACUUACAAAGAUGUCGGUUUUCUAUGAAUUUCAGUUUAAACUGCAGAACGAUUGCAUGUGUCAGUUUAAAGUAUCAAAAAAGUAUCAAGUUAUUGAGGAAGAACAAUUUAGAUGCAUAGAUACAUGAACAUGUCCAUAAUAUUUGCACAACUAAUUUUCUGUAUCAGUCAUAGAUUAUGUAUGAAUGAAGAAUGAAACUAAAGGAUCAGUAUUAACAUUUGUAAUAUUAUAUCUCGCUGUGAUGUUCCAUAUUUAUCGGAAGACUAGAAAACUUAAACGUGAAUAAUCAGUUUUGACUGCAAGCAGAGGUGAAAUAGAAUAAAACUCCUGUGGAAACAAACGGUACCUACGACGAGUUUAUUUUCUUUGUAGGUUUGCAAUUAACAUCAGAUUUUUAAAAAAAUGUAUUUACAUUCAUGGUAGGUACUUGGAAUAUCAUAUUACGUACGAUGUGUGUGCAUAUGUAUACAACACAUAUGUGCUUCGAGAGAGAUUUAUAGAUGGAGAUUUUCAAAUUUCUUCACAAUAUGUGAACACAUUUAUAGUUACAUUUAGGAAAUAUAUUUGAAUGCUUUCCAAUAAAAUGGAACUACACCCAUAAAAUGAAUCACAUUGCUGAUAAAGAGAUUGAACAUAUUAAAACACGGAUAAAAACAAUAUUAAAUAAGCAAUGCAGAGACAUCACAGCUUUAGAACCAAAUAAAACAAUCACGUGGGUCCUCACAGACCGGACAGGCUGCAAGUUGUAGACUUCGUUUAGUUUUGUCGUCAGAAAUCAUUCCUUUCCCCUUAAAAUCUCACAGAAUUUUCAGUCAAUGAAGCAAUUGGAAUAUCAAAGAACUAGCUGAUCGUGCCUAAACAUGUUUGUUUGAUGCUUCAACUGAUUUAUUAAGAACGUGUAUGUUAGUGUAUGUUACAUCCAAAUUAGAUUUUUAAACAUUUUUGUCACUUUAAAUGAAACUCCAGGUCUACUCUAUCUAACGCUGGCAACAUUGUGCCAAAUUGCAACAAGAUAUAAGUGGUUAUAGACCACAACACCAAGUACCACUACUAGAAACGAAAGUAAAAGUUAGUAUACAGUCGGAAGUUUGUCCUUUAAUGUGCAGUGAAAAAAAUGUAAAGAUUUUCAUCUGAGCUAAAGUAACCCGGAGCACCUAUGGGCAGAGAAGACAAACUUUUCAAGAGGAGACUUUUGAUCGAUUAUUAAGCGAUUGAUUCCACUCAGUCGUAUUGCGAACAGUUCUUUUUCAGAAGGCCAAUUCCACUUAUUAGAGAAAAAAAUUAAAAAUAUUAACUUUCAUUGAUCGAUUUUUUUUGUUUUGGCAAAUUGAUGAAGUUUUCACAUUCCAGACUUCUUUUAUCACAAUGCUCGUAUUCAGUGUUAUUUGAUCAGUUGACAAUAGUCCACAGGCUACACGUGCACCAAGUUAAUAAAAUUUUCUUAUCAGUGUGUUUCACUACUUUAUUACCUCAGCUGCACAGUAACUUUGGGUCGAUAAUACUUUUACAAUGCCACUACGUUCAUUUUCUCGCCAGAUGACGUAUCCCAUAAUAUUACUGAAGAGUGGAAAACUGUAGCCCAAGAAUUAUCAGUAUUUCUGCAACCCAGACGUUUGAGAAGCUAUACGUGAAUACUAUUUUGUUUGUUUUAAAUAUUAGGGAUCGACAAAUUAACAUUAAGUUAGGAGAGACCAGAUGAUUGAAAGAUGCAUAAUCCGUGUAGGCAUUUGCAAAGUUAAGAGAUUGCUGAAUCUUAUGUUGGUUGCUAUUGUAUUCGGAUGAACUUGCAUUGAUAUAAGCAUCUAACAGCAUUAUUUACACUUUACAUUGUACAGAUUUCUGUUUUGACUAACGUUUAUACCGUGGACGUGCAAAUUCUUUUGAUUUGGUUGAGUCUUGUGGUUAUAAAUGGACAUUCCGAGUACUGUCCCCCAAAAAUGUGAGAAUUGAAAUGCGGGAUUAGAUUUAGUCAGCUUUGGGAGAUCUGGCAAGGUGAGACAGAUCGAUUGUCUACUUCAGAAAAUCAAACUAUCAAACAUUUGAUAGUAAAAUGGUUCAGCAUAACAAUAUCAGCUUCCUUAUUAGUUCAGGAAAUACCUUGCUUUCAAUUGUCAUGGAUAAACCAAGAAACUCAAAAAUAAUGCAGAUUCGCUAUCAGUCAUUAUUGUGGCGCUUCGUUAGUGGUUUAAAACCAAAUGGUCAGUUUGAAAGAAUGAGCAGAAAUCACAAUACUUUCUCUUAAGUUUACACUCGAGUUUUGAAUGCAGUUUGCAAAUUAUUUCAACUAUGCACACCCAUGCAUAUUUACGAAAUCGAUGCAUAGGAUUUUCUGAUUAAGAAGAUCUUUUCGAAGCAAGUUCAUGCGCGCCUUUAGUGAGCUGUGAGUUAAUCCAGAGCCAUGCACCUUUAUUUGGAAGCAGUGCACCCCUUUUUUACUGGAAAGCCUUUGCAUCUGGAUUGGAAAAGAAAAGUCUUCAAAUUAGGUUGAAUAAGAUGUGUAUGUUCUUGUCCAAUAGCAAAUAAUCCACAAUGUAUUUGCACCAGGAACAUUAUUUUGUGUAAAAGCGGUUCAUAUUUAAAAUAGCAAACGGAAUGGCACGCUAGCUUCGCAAAAUCUAUGUUUUACUGCUCCGCACAGAGCCUCUCGUAAAAACCCUAACUGCCGUUCACUGCAUGUUAUAAACAAUAACAGGCUGUGCUUUUAUUACGCGUUAUAGUUCCUUAAUCUCUUUCCUAUAGUUCUCAGAUGACUGUUACUGUUCUAGGGUCCGUCCAAGUACCAGUUAAAAGGCUUUAUUAAUAAUAGGAAAACGGGUCAUUAAAUUGUUAAAUACUACUGGAUUUCAAAAUUCCUUCAGAUGAAACUUUUUUAAAAAUCCAAAUAAUUUGCUUUUGUGUGCCAUUUGAGUUGUCGCUGCACUGCAAUAACUUGGAAGGAAAAAUAGCAAUUAGAUCCACGGUUGAUAGUAAUUAGAUUUUCGGAUUGGUACAGUACUUCCACGUCUUGUUGAUGUAACUCUGACCUUUAAAAGAGACGCAUAUUCUCAUUAAAUGGUUUGGAAAUUAACGUCUGAAUGUCUAUCCUUUACUUCACAACAGCGUGGAUACUUCCCCUUAUCAAUCUUUUGGUGGCGUAUGUAUUUCAUCUGUUGUAAAGCGGCUGAUAUCCCGGUAAUGAACAUGGUUGAAUAUAUUAAUCCGCAUAUUCCCCCCUCUCUAUCUUUCUCUCAUUCCCUCUCUCUCGAACCAUUCCCUUUUCACACGGUGCAGUGUCCAUACGGAGUAAGCGAAGCCAAUAGGACGUGGUUGAGGUAAUAAAUGCAAAUUAUCAUGAAAAGAGACGGCAAAAUAUGAAACAACUCAUUUGGGCUGAAGUAAAUCACAGAAAACUGUUUAUGAGUGAACCUCUUCACGAAGAUGUGAUGCCAGGACACUAUUUGUUGAGAUCAAUAAGAUGAAGGUUUAAUUUUUAAAAAAUCUUGGCUUGUUUGCUUGUCUGAUUACCAAACACUAAGUUCCAUCCGUUGAGCAGAAAGAUCUUAGUCCUUCCCAAUGAGCUCCUACUUUGUCAAUUCGCUGUUUUCCAAGUAUAAAAGUGGGGAGACGCUGCGCCCCAAUUAUUAUGACUGUGGUUUCACCCAGGACCUGGGCGGCAGACCCACCGUGGUCUAUGGACCCGGCACCGGGGGCAGCUUCCAGCAUCCCGGCCAGAUCCAGGAUUUUUACCACCACGGCGCCGCUACCCUCUCCACCUCCGCCUACCAGCAAAAUCCGUGUGCGGUGACGUGUCACGGGGAUGCCGGCAGUUUCUACAGCUACGAUGCCCUGCAAAGGCAGCCAAUUUUCGCUGCCCAACAAGAGGCCGAACUGAUCCAAUAUCCCGACUGCAAGUCGACGGCUACCAGCCUAGGAGAAGAAGCAGAGAUUUCAGAGCAGAGUUCAUCCCCGACACAGCUGUUUCCGUGGAUGAGACCGCAAGUAGCUGCAGGACGUCGCAGGGGAAGACAAACAUACAGUCGCUAUCAGACACUAGAACUUGAAAAAGAAUUUUUGUUCAAUCCAUAUCUGACUCGCAAACGGCGGAUCGAAGUGUCACACGCCCUGGGACUGACCGAGAGACAGGUCAAAAUUUGGUUCCAGAACAGACGAAUGAAAUGGAAGAAGGAAAAUAACAAAGACAAGUUUCCCAGCAGUAAAUCCGAAAUAGAGGAAACUCCAAAGGAGAAGGACGUGAAAGAAGACGAAGAGAAAGAUUAAUAACAAUAAAAUAAUGCGAAUAAUUUAAAACACAAAAUGUUAAUCCGUGGGAGGGGGAAGGAAAAGAAUAAUGUAGACAGUUUUUAAAUAGUGCGGGUGCGAGGAGCAGAACAAAUUUUCCUGAUUACUGUUUGAUACACAAUAUUGUGCGCAAAUGUAUGGAGGUGCAGAUUAAAACGAGUACUUCAACUUUUUACCAGCUAUAUACAUGUGGUUGCGUAGCACUCUCGCUGUACUAAGUGAA